AUGGGCGGCUGCCGAUGCCAAUGGAGACGCUGGGGCUCCCCUUGUAAGUCAGUGAAGAAGUGUGCUAGAGGCGGGAAGGAUCCUCGGCUGCUCCAGGCAGCCCGUGCUGCCUUCGUUCUUGGGCUGGCACAGCACGUGGGCUCGCAGGGGCCCACGGCUUGGGCCUUUUUCGGACUGGAGGUGGCGGCCGUACAUCGGUGCGGUGCGCGAUCGGGGGGGGGGCUGACGUCAGUUUUCAUGGAGAUUGUAGCUGGGUGCCCUCCUGGCGUGGAUUCAAAGAUUUCGAGCCCUGACGCCGCUCCGCCACCAGCUGCUCUCCGCCCCUCCCCCGUGUAG